AUCGCCGUCAAGGAGAGGAGUUGAAGUGCCCUGCAGUCUGCAGAGCCUAGGAUGGCCAACAAAGUAAACGCUCGCAUACUACACCGAAGAUGUGGCGUGCAGCAGGUCUGCCACUUUUGGUCAUUUUCGCUGGGAGAUGUGUGUGCUUUGAAGAACAGAACUUCGAAUGCCCUGGAACAAAGAAAGUAAUUUCCAGCACCUCUAUUUGUGAUGGAACAGUGGAGUGUAGACCCCACAGCGUCGGAAAUCUUGAUCCUCGAGCGGAAAUUGCUGAUGAAAACACUUCGAUAUGCGUUCCAGACCCAAUAACUCGCAGCAACAAGUUAAAGCUUCACGCCGAUCAAGUGAUGUCGAACUCAGCCGAACUGGCCUGGAUCCCUCCGUUUACAUACCCGCGGAGCGGCGAAAAGCUGGCCGGUUAUUUUCUGACUGCUUACUCCGGUGCUCAUUCCGUCAAAAUCAAGCUGGAACCAACCUUGAGCAGAUACAACGUCACAAACCUGCAGGCGUGGACUCAGUACGUCAUCAUUCUGAGGCCAUUUUACACAAGCGAGGCCCGUAAGAAAUCUCCCCAACGCAUUGGAAGGGCUGAGGCAGUGCAAGUACUCACUAAAGAGCCUGAAGUGCCAAUUUUCGAAGAAGACAGCUUUGAGUGCCCGGAUACAAAGCAAACAAUUUCCAGCACCUCUCUUUGUGAUGGUAUACCAAACUGUCUCACGCAUACCAUGAGGGACAUCAAUCCCCGAAUCGAAGUGGCCGACGAAGACGUCACGAUAUGCGUUCCAGAUCUGCUUACCCGCGUGCACGAGUUAAAGCUUCGGAGUGGUUUUGUAACAUCCAGCUCCGCAGACCUCAUAUGGCACCCUCCUGAACCUAAUUCUUCCAGCGGGGACGUACUGGCCGGCUAUCUUCUCACCACGGAAUCGAGAGUGCAUUUCUCCAAAACUACACUACAGCCAACCAUGCGCAUUUUCAACGUCACUGAACUCAAACCCUGGAUGGAAUACAACAUCGUUCUCAGGCCUUUUUACGAAAGUGGCGCCCGUACUGAACCUUCACACCGCUUCGGAAGGGCGGAAAUGGUGAAGGUACUCACGAUGGCCACAGCUCCGUCUGCGCCAAGAGAUUUGAUUGUGACUUCGAUUCAAGAUCGCUCAGUCACUGUAAAAAUCAUUGAACCAGUGGCUUGGAACGGCGUUCCUCUCGGAUAUCGCUACGGCUGGGGCCCUGGUGAGGAAGAACGGGACAUAGACAUCGGUGGAGAACAUUUUGAUGGCAACAAUGCUGUCGUCGCAGUGCCAGGCGAGCCAGGAAGGCCCAUCGUAAUUUACGCCAUCGCGCGUUGCGCGGAUGAAUCUGGCAACGAGCUGCAUGGGCCCAUGACAACUGUCAGCACCAGUACAAUCGUCCCAACCCCAUCCGGCCUUACGGUCACUGCGCUUAGUUUGAACCGGGCACUUAUCACAUGGCUACAGCCAGGACGGACAAAAGAGUACAAGGUUUCUGUAAAGCCGCAUGGAGCUGCUCCAGAGGAUGCAGGGGGAAAGAGCAACGAUAGUAUGCGGAAGUUCAAGAUAUCCGUGGACAAUCGAGAGUCCAGGACGAAUAGCUUCAUGCUCCAGGAGCUCUCCCCGCACCAGGAGUACGUGGUAGAAGUCCAAGCCUGCGGGGGCGUUGGAUGCAGCAAAGCAGCGGCGGCCGUGUUUCGCACUGCUGCGUCAAGCCCACCUAUACCUGAACUACUUGGGGCCGUCGCUUUAGGCACCGAUUCAUUCCGUGUUGAGUACACCGUAAAGCGACCAGGAGUUCUGGCGGCUUUCGACGGCUUCCAGCUGCGUUACUGCAGCGAACGCAGCCACUGCAGGCAAAUUCUUACUAAGCAGCAAAAUGUCACUGUAGAAAAGUUGAAAGCUGCCACCGUGUACUCUGUUGAAGUGAGAACAGUCUUCAAGAUAGGGGAAAGAAUUGUCCUCGGGCCACCUGUAAGUUGUGAGGUGCGGACACACAGCUAUGUUCCUGAAAAACCACGGUUGAACACAGACUUAUCUGCCAAGGGACCACACGUCAUCUUCCUGGAGUGGGAAUUCAACAAUAGCUUCGUACAGUAUGUAGAGGUAAGCCUUGACAACGGAACCAGGUGGGCUGGUUGCCAGGCACACUUGGACUGCGACGCCACAUUCCACUCGGUGAACCCUCACGAGCACCACGUAUUUCUCCGGCUCUUCGGAUUGCUACCCUACACAUUGUACAGAGUGGGCGUCCGCGGCUGCAGCUAUCGUGGAUGCGGAACAGAGACCUGGGCGGACGUCCGCACGGAGGUUUCAGAACCUAGUGAGCCGUUGGGACUGAGCCCGACUCAUUUGGAUGACGGCGGUGUUCGUCUCAACUGGAGCCCGCCUAUGGUGCCUGCUGGAUUGCCCUCAGGAUACGUGGUCACAUGGGACUGCAGCAAUGGCACACGUGACCACAUGAUGGCCUGGCUGCCAGACACUACUUUAACAGUGACAGGGCGGCGUUUGGCAGAAGGGACUUGCAGCUUCUCCGUUGCGGCCUACAACGACCUCGAAAAUGGCAACACCGUGGUUGGAAAAUCUUCACAAGUAUACCUGCCUUAGAACCUUAAGCAGCAGGAUGCCAAGCACUCGGAUAAGGUUCACCAUCACUGGGCAGUCUGUGCUCUGUGUUCAUGAAACGCUGUGCAUGUUACGCAGAAAAACAAAAACAAAUAAAGCGCAAUGACGUUGAUUACACCCAGCUAUUCAAUAACG